AUGCCCGAGCUCCCUCUGGAUUUGCAAAUCUGCAAGAAGUGCAACCAGCCCAUUUUCGAGGGCCACGCCUACGAGCUAGGCGACGAUCGGUGGCAUAUCCUGUGCUUCAAAUGCCUGAAGUGCGAGCUGCUGUUGGGUUGCAACCUGAAUUUCCUCGUGUUGGGCAACGGCAACCUCAUAUGCUCUAACUGCCUGUACAACUGCAAGCAGUGCAACAAGAAAAUCGACGACUUGGCCAUCCUCACCGGCGACCAGGCCUACUGCCUGAACUGCUUCAAAUGCCGCCUGUGCAAGAUGAAAAUCGAGGACUUGCGCUACGCCCGCACCCUGAAGGGUCUCUUCUGUAUGGAGUGCCACGAGAAGCUCAUGGCGAAGAAGAAAAAGUACGACGCCCGCAAACGCCACCACGAGCUGGCCAAAGACGCCGACAAACGGUCGCUGGUGGCGCUGAAAAACUCCCGCAACUCGUUGCUCAACCUGUACAUGCUGUCGCUGGCGGCAGCGCCGGCGCCCCAUCUUGCGGAUGCGAUGUUCGCCAACCUGAACCCGUCGCAGCUGCUGUUGCUGUCGCUGAAGGAUAAGCUGUUGCCGGCUCCCCCCGUGCGCAAUCAGACACCGCCGUUAAACGAAUACCGCGACUCGUUCCCGCUGGCUCGUACCGAGAACCUGGUCGCCACCUCGCAAUUUACCGUGCUGACGCUGGCAGUGCUGCCGGCGGGGGCGCUGCCCGCGGUGCGUUCAGUGACUACUGACUACCUGAUUGAAGAAGUGAGAGACCUGGAAGAUGACGAAGCGUUCUUGCAACGGGCGCCGCUGUUACGCCAACGGCUUAACCCUCAGCUCGCCGCUGCGUUGAAGAACCAAUCAUUGGGAUCACCAGGAGCUCCCCCGACUCGGUCGUCAUUAAGACUGCCUCUGCAACCAGCACAAAUGUCGCAAACGUCAUUGCUGGCACCCGAAGCCGCCACUGAAUAUAAUAGCAAAGACAAUUAUCUGCCUCGUCAAAACGCGGGCAAAUUGGGUCCCGCGGUGGAAUUAGCCCCGCAACCGCGCCGGGAAGCACACAAGAACGAUGGCACUGACAAACCCACCAACAGAUCCCCGCUGCCAGACAUUUCGCCACUGAAGUUCGGCAAAAACUUGCUUAUAUUACUGCCGAACCAGUUUCACGACCACGAAUUCCAUACUGCUCAACAGUACGGCCAACCCGAGUCAGCACCGGGUCUGCCACCCUUGCGUGGGCGCCGGGGCUCGCUGCUGUUGGCAGUGGACGACUCACAAAAGCGGCCACCCACCCUGCCGUUUGCUCGGGCUAACCGCCAGGCGCGAGUGGUGGAGUCAAACGACUUUGUGCUGACGGACUCCCUCACCGAGCGAGACUCGGAGCUUGAUCUGCCGCCGUCGUCGCGCCGCCGUCCGUCACUGCCUCUGCCGAGACACCCGCUUAGCCGUCAAGGCAGCGACCUCAAGGAAACACCGCAAGGGCUUGGGCUUGUUGGCGUAUCUAUCGAUCCCAACGAGCUGGCCCUUAAACGACGGGCGCCGCCGCCGAUGCCCGAAGACGACGCGGGGCUGGAGCUGCUGCUGCAGCAAGGCUUAUCUCGCAAAACCCUGUUGCGUACUCCGAAAUUGCCGUCGCUCCGCCAUAAGCGACUGAUCUCCGGCAGCGGGCUGUCGUUAGCCAACAAGUUUGGUUUCUUUAAGCCUCGUGAAGGCCGCCAACCACUGGUGAGCGAAGGCACCGAGCUGAGUCAAACCACGCCUCAGCUCUCGCAGUUCCAGCUGCCUCUGUUCACCGCGACCCACCUGCGACUGACGCUGGACCUGUACGACAUUUACCAAGCAGCUGCCGACGACCCGUUGCGUCAAGAAGUGGCGCAAUUGGCCGCCCACAAAAAGCAGCUUGAAUACGAGGUGCGGACCCUCACCACGGAAAAGCACGCGUUGCUCGCGGAAACGCGCCAGAUGCAAGAACGCUAUGCCGCCGACCAGAAACAAUUACAGGGCGAGAUCGCCGAACUUGAGCGCCGGAAGCGGGUGCUUUUGGAGACCAAUCAACACCUCCAGGAGCACAACGCCUCGCUCGACGGCGCCAAGGCGAUGGCGAACUCAUCGCUGUCCACCACCGUCAACCUGUCCUACUACAACGAACUUGAAGAGCCGCUGGCGGGAGAGCCCCAACGGGCGGCACGGCUCAAGUUCUGGAAGCGUGGUAAGCAAGCCGGUGGCGCCAACUUGGUCACCACCGGUGUCCCUCUGGGUAAUCUGCUCGCAGUACCUGAAGGUAAGGCCUAUGGCGGCGGUCUGAAUAUCCCCGGUCUGACAUCGCAACUGCUGCUCAACAUUAAUCACCACCAAAAUGGAGGGUCUCUUGCGCCUCCCGUUGACGUCAAUGGCCAGAACGCCAAGCAGAAAUACCCUCGUCUGAGGUCGCUGAACAUUUUAGAGCUGUUCUUAGGCACUGAGGACGGUAACCAGUGUCCGCUCUACUCGCUGACUAUCCAACAGCGGGCUGACUACGAACGGACUCGUGCCCCUCUUAUCAUCACCAAAUGUCUCGCUGAAGUUGAACGGCGGGGAUUGGAUAUGGAGGGGAUCUACCGUAUCCUGGGGGGUAACCUGGCCAUCGUGGCUAUUGAAAACGCGUUCGCUAACCACACCGGUGACGACAAGUCAGGUAAAUUGGAUGAGACAUUGGAUUGUGACAUCAAUGCCGUCACCUCGGCUCUCAAACGGUACUUGCGCAAGCUCCCCGAUCCCUUGAUUCCGUUCUCGUUGUAUGACGAGUUCAUCAAGGUGCUGCUGAACAAUGCCGCCACAAAGGUCGAUAAGCGCGUCGAGUACCUCAAAGUCAAGGUGCUCGACAAAUUGCCCCCUGCUAACUUGCAUGUGUUGUACUUAUUGACCAAGCACUUGGCCCUCGUCAACCUGUACCAACUGGUUAACCGCAUGGGCUACAAAAACUUGCUGGUGGUGUUUGCCCCGACCAUUGCUCGCGACCAGCUGGGGGAGAAGGAGAUGAUUGACAUGGGGUACCGUAACAACGUCACUGAAUUUUUGAUGACCUACGCCGAUCAAAUCUUUGCUGACUACAACACGGAAUAUAGCUUUUAA